AUGCGGGUCUUCAAUCUCCUUGCAUCUUUCUUCUGCAUAGGGAGCAUACACUUUGCCCAUGCAGCCCCAAUUUUAGCCCCUGAUGCUGCUUCUGCGACCAACUUAGAUAGGCGUGCCCCUCCUGUUGCUGGUUCAAGUAAAGCCUACCCCAUUGCGGGAACCAUGGAGGUUAAGGAAGAAAACGCUUUACCUUUUGAUGGUGACUGCUAUGCUAUCUUAUGUCUGGGAAAGGAACCAGUCUUCCAGCGCGACGGAACAGAGAGUGAUCAAAAUCGAAAGGAUGCGGCGGCCAACGUCAAGAUCCCUGGCAGUCUAUAUGUAUCUCCAGAGGAAUUUCCUUACACAUCAACUACUCAGGGUGGUUAUCAGGCUCUCCUUUUCCCAGUAACUGAAAAGUCCCAGCAUUCUCAGGGCGGAUCAAUCAACAGCUUCUACAGAAAAUACCAAAUCCAACCGGCACAUAAAGGCCAAAAUAGCUGGUAUCAAAUUACCGGGUGGACUGGGACCCUCGGUCCCUACUGCAAGGCUCUCCGGAAUAACAACGCAAAGCCUAACAAGGAUGAUGCCAUUUGUAAACCGGGUUCCAAUGGCAAGGGCAAGUGGGGAUUUGAUGUCGGCGAAUAUGCUUAUACUUACGAUGGUCACAGCUAUCGAAAGGCUAAGGGGAGCAAAUAA